AUGGCUUACAUGGAGAAAUCCGACAGCUACUAUGAUACUGAACAUGCACAGACCCAUGCAGAAGACGAAGAAGAUUCGCCCAUUGAAGAAGUCCGUUCUGUGGUACCAAACACCGAUGAUCCUACAUUGCCCGUCUGGACCUUCCGCAUGUGGACCCUUGGUUUGGCGUUCUCUUGCUUGUUGAGUUUUGUCAAUCAAUUCUUCUGGUACCGUCAGAACGCCAUGUCACUCUCGCCUCUGGUGGUUCAGUUGAUUUCGUUUCCGCUCGGUAAACUCUUGGAGGCCAUUAUUCCGCGUUCCCGGUUCUUCAACCCGGGUCCAUUCAACAUGAAAGAGCACGUUCUUAUUACGGCCAUGGCCAACUGCAGUUACAGUACAGCUUACGCCAUUGAUAUCAUUACGAUCCAGAAGCUCUGGUACGGACAAGAUAUUGGCUGGGGCGGAGGUUUGCUCCUCAUUUGGACCACCCAAUUCAUUGGUUACGGUAUGGCCGGUGUACUUCGACCCUAUCUUGUGUAUCCUUCGUCCAUGGUGUGGCCUUCCAAUCUGGCCAACAUUUCCCUUUUCCGAACCUUCCAUGUCACAGAAAGUAACUGGACUGGCCCUACGCGUUUCAAAUGGUUUGCCUGCUGCUUUUUGGCCAUGUUUGUUUACUAUUGGCUCCCUGGUUACUUCUUCCAGGUGCUUACCUUCUUUUCCUGGGCAUGCUGGAUUAAACCCGACAACCGUACGCUUGCUCAACUCACCAGUGGCUACCAGGGUUUGGGAAUGCUGGCCGUUUCCUUUGACUGGUCUACCAUUGUUUCGUACUUGUCCUCGCCUUUGGUUGUCCCCUGGUGGGCUAUUGCCAAUAUUAUGGUCGGGUUUGUCACCGUUGCUUGGAUUAUUGCCCCUGCUCUGUACUACAGCAAUGUAUGGAAUGCUCAACGCUUCCCCAUCAUCACUUCGGCCUUGUUCACCAAAGACGGUGAGCUCUGGGAUAACAGUGUCGUGCUUGACGAGCAUAACCGUUUGAAUGAAACGGCUUAUGCAGAAUACGGUCCUUUGUACAUGACCAGCUUCUUCUCUUUCACUUAUGGCAUUAUGUUUGCCGGUCUUACGGCUGUCCUCACCCACACCAUCUUGUACCAUGGCAAAGACAUCAUCCAACAGUUCAAGCGAUCCCGCGACCACGAUGAUGAUAUCCACAUGAAGCUCAUGCGUGUUUACAAGGAAGUCCCCGGCUACUGGUAUCAUGCUACUUUUAUUGUUGCUUUCGGUAUUUCGUUUGCGGUAUGCUACAAGUGGCCUAUGGAUCUUCCCUGGUGGGGUCUUAUCUUGGCUAUUGCUAUUCCUAUUGUGUUUGUGUUGCCAAUCGGCAUCAUUCAAGCUGUUACCAACCAACAACCCGGUUUGAACGUAAUUACUGAAUUGAUCAUUGGUUACGCUUUGCCUGGUCACCCCAUCGCCAAUGUCACCUUCAAGACUUAUGGAUACAUUUCGAUGGCUCAAUGUCUUACCUUUGUAAGCGAUUUGAAGCUCGGUCACUAUACAAAGAUUCCACCGCGUGCCAUGUUUGCGGUGCAAAUGGUCGGUACAUUCUUGGCGGGUAUUAUCAAUUUGGCCACCGCACGCUGGUUGAUGGGCACUAUCCCCAACAUCUGUACUGCUGAUGCGUAUCCAUUCACUUGUCCAUCCGCCAAAACCUUUUACUCGGCUUCCAUUAUCUGGGGUACCAUUGGCCCCGAAAGAAUGUUCGGUCCUAGUUCGCCCUACAACGGUUUGAUGUACUUCUUCUUGGUGGGAUUGCUGCUGCCUAUUCCAUUCUGGUUCCUUGCCAAAAAAUUCCCCAAUAGCUGGCUCAAAUACGUCCACAUCCCUCUUAUUUUCAAUGCUACAGCAAUGAUGCCUCCAGCUGUGCCUCUCAACUUCUCCAUGUGGUGUGCCGCCGGUUUCGUCUUUAUGUUCUGGUUACGAAAGUAUCGUCACAGUUGGUGGAUCAAGUACAACUACGUUACUUCAGCUGCCUUUGAUUCGGGUUGUGCCAUUGCUGCCAUUAUUAUCUUUGGCGUUGUUACCGGCUCGGGUUACACACCACAAUGGUGGGGCAACGGCGGCUACGGAUUGAAUGCUCAGUUCGACAAUUGCCCUAUGGCCUUGUACAACGGCUCCGAUGCCUGCGUCUUAUGCUAG